AUGGCGGAGACCGAGGGACAUACCUCACGCUUACCGGAAAUUGCUUCGGAUAGUAUCAGCCGUUUGAGGGUGAUUGCAGAGAGCCACCUCCAAGAGAUUGAUCAAGAAAAUCAGCAGGCGGACAUGGAGGAGUCCAAAAAAGUCCGAGAUUUCGAACGUUACACUAAACGGAGGCGCGGGAAGGAUGGCAACGUGCCCAAUUCAAACAGCACACCGACCCCGAAAAUGAGAUCCGCCCAAGAUGUUCUCCACCGUCUUCAAUGGGACGGAGAUCUUGACAUUUCCCGGUUUAAGGUUGGCUAUCUCGAGAGAUUUGACGGAAUCAAGGAGACACCCGCAAGCAAUUGGGUCACAGAGGUCACAGACGAGGAAUGGAUCCCGCAGCAUCGUAUUAAAUACUUCAAACGCGUGGACCCAAGUGGAGGAUCCGAGGUUGUUGUCUGGGACAGGGACCAGCGGAUCGACACAAUAUUUGGCAGUGGCAUGAGUAGCCUGGCAGGAAACAAUGUCCGCUCCGAAGAGGGUGGUGUGGAGUUGACAAGAUGA